AUGUCUCUCCUGUGCCCGGCUCCUUACACACAGUUACACGCUGCAUACUAAUAAACUUCAGCCUGAACUGGAUGAACGAGACAUACAAAUGUCGUUUCAUCUCUGUCACACGCUGAUUCUCCUUCACGCAACAUGUUGCGAUAUCCUUUUCCUCUCGUCUUUGCGCAUUUAAAGGACAUUACGCACCGCCAAAACGAUGCCAUUUAACGCCACAGCGUCUUUAAACGUCCACACUGCGUCUUUUAUUCUGCUCGGAGCUCGUAGAAAGGAUCGCUUUUGACGGGAACGUGACGGGAUGCUGAAGAUGAGCGGACUAUGAAUACGGACAAGAGGAAGGACAAGGGGGCGAACGGCUUUGAAAUCUAAACGCGUACGGGGAAAUGUGCAUUUAUUAUGGGUGAUCUCUCAUAUUGAAACGUCCAGUGAGUGUGCGUGCGUGCGUGUGUGUAUGUGUGUGUGUGUGUGUGUGAGAGAGUGCGGGUGCGCGCGCGCGCGUAUAUCCAUCGCCUGUAGUCUGUAGAUCUGUGUUACUGCGCCAGGAUGGAGAUGACGCAAAUGACCCAGCUCCCCAAAAAGUGUUUCAAGACGAACAUGGCGGCAACUUAACACAGGACCCAAGAUGAUGAUGAUGAUGAUGAACAGCAGAGAAGAUCGAAUGCAAUCCGCCCAGAUAGGGAAAGAGCAGCUCGUUCAGCGUCUCGCCUUCCCUUGAGGAGAUACGGGAACAGAGGAGGCAUGUUGUCACACAGAAAGCGCUUUUUCUCCGGGGAGCCAUGCGGAAUAACGGAGAUAUGACCGCGCGCGGCUUCAUCUAGCCCAGAGAGUCGGACACAGCUGCCGGGAGCGCUGUUGAACGGGAAGAAAACAUUUCAAAUCAAUGCAUUUUGUGGCAGAGGAGCCGUCGCGGUGGAGUCGGCUAGUGCUGCUCUUUCCUGAAAUAUGACCAGGGGUGCUUGGACGUGUCGGCAGCAAGAUGACGGCUUAAAAAUCUGCUUCGCACCCCGAGAGGACGAAAAGCCAUUAUUCACCGAUUCGGAAAGGGCCCAGAGAUGGCGACUGUCCUUAGCCUCUCUUUUGUUUAUCACCGUUUUGCUCUCUGAUCAUCUGUGGUUCUGCGCCGAGGCGAAACUGACGAGGACGCGAGACAAACGGCUGGAGCACACGAACCAUAUACUUUCAUCCAGCCAUCAGAGAGAGCAGAGUCUUAUUUUUAUAGGCAAUUCUACCAAACCUCUGUGGAGACUUGAAACUUGUCAUCCUGACAGCCUCUCCAAAAACUGCUUGACUUUUGACGAGGCGGAAGCCGUGUGCUCGGGCCUCUCCGAGUGGAACCUGAGCGAUUUCUAUCUUUCUUUUUGUAACUCCUACUCGCUUUUGGAUUUGUUUUACGGGUUUACGAGUCCGGACAAUUUGACCUGUAGCCUGGACAUGGCUGAUGCGUCGGGAUGCAGCCAGUGCGUCCAGGCUUACCAACGCUACGACCGACGAGCUCAGGAGAAAUACCGAGAGUUUGAGCUUUUGGUUCAGAAAUAUGAAACGGAUGUAUAUUCGGUGCGGACGUGUAUGGAAGAGUGCACGACUGUCUACAAACACUGGCUCUGUGCCCAGUUCUUCCACACCACACAGAUGCACUGCAGCAACAGGAUCCCCUGCAGGAAGUACUGCCUGGAGGUCCAGCAGAGGUGUCCCUUCAUAUUGCCUGACAAUGAUGAGCUCAUCUACGGAGGAAGCCCCAGUUUUAUAUGCACAGGGCUCCAAGAGGACAACCCCUCAGACGCAGAGACAGAGUGCUGCGAUGUCCGAUGGGACAGCAGGGCGGACAACAGCUCCAAAGGCACUCUCAAAAGAACUCACCCGUCGUGUCAGCACGGGACAUCCCUGACCUCGUCAGCGGCCUCUAGACUGUGCAACAGCAGACUCAAACUCUGCUUGCUGGUCCUCGUCCUCCUUCAUACUGUUGCCACUCUCACAGCAUCCCACAAUCCCACCGGGUUCAACCUCACCUCCAGCUCCUCCAACGAGGAAUGACGGAAUAGCCACUCGGUUACAGUGGCGAUUCCAGCGACGUGACGGACCGUGGGCAACUUGCUGGGACCUCUGAUACAGAGACUGUGGACAUGCAAUCAAAACAAACCAAGCAAACUGACGAAGCUAAACAAACACUGGACGAAUCCAAUCAAGCAACAAGAACAAGGGACAACACCGUAGCCUUUGUUGAAAGAGACUUCUAGGGGGCGGAGUUCUCUCGCACCAUGUUUUUUACACUGUGUCUAUGGUUUGGAUUUCUGUUGCACUAGAUGACUACAGGAUCUAAUUCACGUUUCUUUUUUGUUUCAUUUGGGUCUUUGUGCAGGAAGGAUUGGAAGAGACGGAUGAGUUAAAUGUACAGUAUCCAAGUGAAUAUUCAAGACUGAGCGCGUGUCUAUGUGAGCGAAUGAACGAGAGCGUGUGCAUGUGUGCCUGUGCUUGCAUCCGUGUGUCCACUUAGAUGUUCUUCUCGUUUCUCUUCGUAAUCACAAACUCUCUGAAUGCUGCUCUAUUCAUUACGAGGGUUUCUAUUGUCGUUUAUCCGCUGACAAAUCUGCCUAGACAAAUACCAAGACACCCAAAAAAAAACCCAGGUUCAAACUCUCCCGUUAAGAUCCUGUAACCUUAUUAAGGUAGCCUGAUAUUUCUGUUGUUGGUAUGAUGUCAUUUCCUGUGAGGUCAGGUCAGUAGCUUUGGGGGUCUGGGUACAUUAAUGUCGCUUAUUCACGUAAGUGCUCGACUGAAAGGUCUAGGUAUCCAGACUUCUGUUUGUUCCCUCGGUCUGCGAAAAGACGUCCACAAAUCUGUUUUUAGCUCCAUUCGUGUUUUAUAUAUUAUAGUAAGAUAUUAUAUUCUCUACCCUAUAUUCUGUAAUUGCAUGUUAGAACCAGUUUAGACAAUGCUGCUAAAGUUUUAAAGAAAUAAACCCAAACGAUCGGAAAACAAGAGGAACUCUCGCUCCGAGUACCAUCCAAAUUGCUAUCUGGCAGCAUGAACCCAGCCAAUCAGAGCUUACCAGACAAAUUACCCCAAUCGCACAGAGAGGAUCCAUCGUUCUUUAUUACAGUAAAGGGCUUACCCAUCAUCCACACGCAAUCAAACACUCCUGCAUGUAGAGAUUCACGUGGCAUGAAUAACUCAGUGAAAACAAUGUUAAUUUGUUGCAAACCUUGAGAUAGUCAUGUCGACAGGAAGUUGAGGAGCUCCAGAUAGAAGAGCGAAGGCCCGUUUCAGGUGGCUGGGCUGAAGAAACCGGUUCGUUGUGUUAAGAAGGGGAUAAGUUAAGGGCUGAUGUAUUAUUUUAUGUUAUUUUUUUCUACAGGUAUGCUCUAAUGAGGAUGUGUCACUGUGACACAAACACAAAACAAAGCCUUGAGUUUAACUAAGUUCUCUAGACAGCCUCAGUGCGAGCCUGUUGAAAUAGCAGUCCUCGCACCCGUGUUUCCAUCUCAUAGGACAUGACUAAUAGCGGUUAAUGUUAGGUACGCAUACAUAUGUCAUAUAUCGGGCACGGCUAGCUUUGAGGCUAGGUAAGCUAACUGAAAAAAGAAGAAGUGUUUUGUAGCCAUAUUUCAAUUGUGUAAAGCAGGCUAACAUAGCGCAUGUCAUACGCACUCAUUUCAUGUAAUUUUAUUCCUUUCCUGUACAUAUCUGUAGAUUGUCUGCAUUAAGGUGCGGUCACAUUUACGUUGUGCAGUCAGUUAGCCGAGUCUGGAAUCGCGCAUGAAGAGAAACUUUUUUCCAAAUGCAAAAUUUGUGUCAGAUUCAGGUUUGAUAACAUUUGAGUGUAAGUUCGUAGUCAAUUUCGCAUCGCUUUCAGAUUUCACAACUUUGGAUGUGCAAAUCCAUCGCAAAAUUUCGUAUCGAAUUUCGAAACAUCGCAAUUCAUCGCAUUUACCAGUAUUCAGCUGCCUAUAUUGGAAAUUCGCUUAAGUUUGCCAAUGUGACCAAGCCUUUAAACUACAUUGGAAAAAAGCUGAUUUUUUUCUCAAUGCGUAUUAUCAUCACAUGCAAUACCAUUAAACUAAAGGCAAAUUUAAUAACUUGGAUUUUAAGAGAACAAAUCAAUCCAUUUGCCCUUUUGCUGUUUAAACUACCAUUAGCGGUGACCUUUUGAGGUGUCAGAAGCACAAAGCGUUUUUUUGUUUUCUGAAAUUGACUGCUGAUGCAGUUCAGUUCAGCUGAUUUAAAAAAAGCAUUUAACCCGAACGCCCAAAUGCUGGGAGAGAAACUACUUUUAUUCCACUGUUUUUAAAUUUCAGAAUUUUCAAAUAAAAAUAGUCAAACAGCUAAUUCUUGGCUGUGCAGGGUUUUUGAAUUUGGGCAAGCUGAGGUUUAUCAAACAUCUGAUAAUAAUGACUUUUAAUAUCCCUACCUAUAAAUCUCUGACUUACUGCCUGUAGGCCCAUCUUGGCAUUUCAUUAAACCAAUAUGUUACCAGAAACACCGUAACUAGUUCUACAGGUACACAGUACUAUGCAUGAUAUGGAAUUUUGACCAUAUGGCAAGGCCCAUUUGAGAUGUAUAAGGGCAGUCCGGCUUGCUGUGCUGAGGACUUUGCUAAUGAAUAAUUAGAGGGGAGUACUGAGAGAUACAGUAUACCCUCUCGAGAGCUUAUUAGUUGGUUUAUAACCCUGGACAUUCAGCUCGGACCACCUGCUCUGGAAUAGCAGGCAGAUCAGAAAUGAUUCCCUCUGUUCAUCUCCAAACAAAACUAAUUCUGUCUCUCCAGCUGGGCCUGACGGUGAAGGAAAAGAUGAGUUAGAGAGAGAUGGGCUAAUGACAGCAACAUAUUAUUCAUUUGCUCUGAAGUUCUGGAUGUUUGUUACAGCAAGACGAGCAUGCACACACACCGUAAUACACACAUGCAUACAUGCUUACCCUUUGUAUAUAUUUGGCGACGCUCUACAAGUCAGGAAGGAUUCGAGUUGCCUCAUUUUCAACACUCAUGUCAAAAAAGUCAUUCGGUUUGCCUGGUAUAAAUUUGGACUAAAGCAUUGAAUCGGUCACCAAACGUACUUCGAGCGCCGCCAUUCACAACAGUGCUGACUAAAACGUAUACCUAAACUGAGAGCAGCGUCGUGGUUGCUCAGAUUUGUCACAUUUGUAAACAUGUUUCUCUGUGUUUGUUGGGAUUCAAUCACCAUACAGUUUGUCUCAGCGACCAACGAGAUUGAAUGUAACAGAUGCCUGCUAAUAUCGCUAAACACCACCAAACCUACUAUAAGAUGUAUUUUAUGCUUGCACAUGUUUUAUGGUCAUUUCCAAGUACUGAUCCAGUUGUGUAAGUAGUAUUCCACACUGCGUAAUCACUUAGCAAGCAGAAAUACUUUCUUUUCUGAAUCCUGUGGACCUAUGCAGCCCUCGACCUCAGUUGUUUUUCUGUUGUAAAUACGUUACGAGAAUGCUAAACAAUGUGUGUCUCUGUUUGAUUUGGAGGUUUCCUUGUGUUCUGAGUUGGUGUCCUUUUUUAAAUCCUCUUUUGUAAGUGUCAGAGAUCAUUGGUUGGUUUGUGCUGAGAUGGAUACUGAGAGCGGAGUGGUUUCAUCACAAGAACUGUCCUCUUGGUCACAACCUCGGCACCUGAAGGCUGUGAUGCUGUUUGUGAUGGUAUGUGCAAAGCAAUGACUUUAAGAAAAUAUGAGAAAGGUUUAAAGGCAUAUAGAGAUAACAUUAUGACUAUGACUACUGGAAAAAAAAAAUAAUAUUAUAUACUACCGGUAUAUUGUAAUAUUAUAGAUGAUUUAGUUCAGUAACCUAUUUAAUUUUUUUACAAGCAACUUUGAUGAAAUAAUUUAUAAAACAAUCUCACAAGUUAUGAUCUUUUCGAAGGUAUGAUUAUACUGCUAAAAUGAUUAAAGUUGUGUUCUGAUGAAAAAACAAA